AUGGUCAGCUACCUGCAGGCCUGCACUGCCGAAAUAACUCAGAACUCUCAUUCAAAAUUCUUGCUGCUCUUUUCCUUGAUCCUUCUCUUCUCAAGAGCUGCAGGUGAUGCUCGCUGUUACUUUAGACCAGCCAGCAAAUACGGGUGUCUUUCAAACAGAAACCUCUAUGUUUUCGGUGCGGUGUGGAAGACUGAUGACUGCUACCAAUGCAGGUGUAAGAUGAAUGCAAUGAUUUGCUGCAGCUUGGUUUUAAUCCCCAAGACCUAUGACAAGGUGAAAUGCGUUGGCCUAUUCCACAAGAAAAGCUGUUCUAUCCGAGUGGUGAAGAAGACCAAUCCUGAGAUAAGCUGCAAGAUCUACAACGGAUUUAGUUAA